AAGUUCAACGUUUCCUCUUCCAGAGACGUUUACGGUAUUGCAUUUGAGGGGCAUUUAAUUUGAGGAAAGAAGAAAAUGGAAAAGGGCGGAUCUAGUGGAGUGGAGAACACAGCGUUUAGUAGUGAGGAUGAGGUCCAAGUUUCUGUAGUGUACAAAGAUGAAAAGCUUCCUUCAAAAGAAGAUACAAGUGAGGCGCCUGACACACGGCUAGGAUGGGGGACAUGGAAACCAAAAUCUCUGCAGUUCCUCAACAAGAUGUAUCUCUUUGUUCCGUGGGUCUUCAGCCUAUGGUUAAUACAAGGGUUCACAGUGAAUGGUGUCGCCAAUGCCGCUCUACCCGCCAUUGAGAAACAGUUUACGAUUUCCUCCACAAAGUCCUCGGUGGUGGCCAGUGCUCAGGAUUUCGGUUCUUUGGCUGUGGGUUUGUUCGUCAGUUUCAUUGGAUCCAGGCUCCACAAACCCCGUGUUAUGGCCAUUGGCUCCUCUAUUAUGGCAAUUGGAUCUUUUAUCUUCAUAAUUCCACAUCUGAUUGAAGAGUAUAAAUACAGUGAUGUGUCGACUGCAUCGAAUGCAACAAGUGUCUGUAAUGGAACAAUGAGCACAUCUAAAGACCACGAUAAAUUGUGUGAGUCCGACUCCCCGGGAGACAGGUUUCUCUCAGCUAUAGUCAUCGCACAGGUGAUACACGGCAUCGGGUUCACCCCUAUGUAUUCCUUAGGAAUAGUCUAUAUAGAGGAGAACGAAGAUCCGUCUCUAGCAGCGGUUUAUAUAGGACUGAAUUUUGCUGGUGCUGCUAUUGGUGUGGCUGCUGGCUUUUUUGUUGGGGGACAGGUUCUACAGAAUUAUUAUGUGGACUUUGAUCGAGUAAGUGUAGAUUUUGACGCCCGAGAUCCUCGCUGGGUUGGCGCUUGGUGGUUUCCCUUUGUUUUCACUUCGUUCAUUUUUGUUUUACUGGCUAUUCCUGUUUCCCUUUAUCCAAAGGUAAUGGCAGAAAGUAGAACUUACAGAUCACGAGUGAAACAGAAAGAUCCAGACGACGAAAUGACACUUUGUCAAUUGGCGGAAAAAUUGUUUAAGCUUUUCUUCAAAACCUUUUUAAAAUUACUCAGGAACCCUGUCUUCAUGUUACUAAAUGUAGCCGGAAGUGUCCAGACGCUGAUAAUAGCAGGAGUUGGAGCAUUUUCCUUCAAAUUCCUAGCAGAGCAGUACAAUUUAGAUUUUGACACCUCUGGAUAUCUUAUAGGUGUUUUGAUAUUAGUGGGGUCGUUUGGAAUGUUCCUUGGUGGUCUUCUGGUGCGGAUUUUCAGGCUAGAAACAUUAGGAAUGAUCAGACUUUCCACAGUGUCUACAUUGUUGGCCUCUGUUCUCGGGAUCGCUUUCCUGGCCGGAUGUCCAGAAGUUCCACUAGCCGGAUUAAAAGUGGCUUAUCCAGAGCGGAAUACAAUAGAUGGUUAUUGGGAUGCUUGUCACGCUUCCUGUAACUGUGAACACCAGGGAUUCUCCACGGUCUGUGGGGUGGAUCAAAACGUGUACUUUUCCCCUUGCCAUGCUGGUUGUAUGGAUAGUAUUGGAGUGGGUCCUACGGCCACAUAUGCCAACUGUAGCUGUGUAUCAGGCACGGCGACAGCCAGACCUGGACGAUGUGAGGACAAUUGUACCCAGCUUACAAUUCUAGCCCCUUGUAUGUUUAUAGCAUUGCUUGCGGUUCUGACCGCUGCAACGCCUACAUCAAUGGCAACAAUGAGAUGUGUAGAUGAACAAGAUAAGCCAUUCGCUCUUGGUAUACAGAGGAUAUUUUUACAAUUGUUAGGUAUGAUCCCGGGUCCAGUGUUAGUUGGCUGGGUCCUGGACCAGUCUUGUUUGUUGUGGUCCAGUAGUUCGUGCGGGUCCACAGGUUCCUGUUUGCUUUACAGUCACGACAAGAUGGCGCUAGGGGUCAUGCUGUGGUGGGUGAUCGUGUCCUUUGCAUCUUCAGUCCUUUUCUUCUCGGCUUCUGUCAUAGUCGCUUGUCGAAAAUCGUCCAAGUUUGAUGAGAUAAAUUCAGAAGAAAAGGAAAGAGAGAUAGUGAUCACACCAUUUUAACUUGACACAAACUUUACUGAGAGAUAAAACGAAUUUUUUUCUUAUUAAAAUUUGUACGGAAUUAUCCUCAGAGUUAUAGUGGGAUUAAGGAGUGUAAAAAUAAUCAUUCUUGAUAUAAAAAAAUUUAAUCUUUCAUAAAAAGAAGUGAUUUGUGUGAAUUGCGGUGAUUUGUUGUUUGAAAUGUUUACUUCUUCGAGAAAUCUUUUUUUUUCCUUUAAAUUAUAUUUUUGGUUGAUUUGUAAAUAAGAAUUUUAAUCAGCUCAAUAUGUGGUUUUGCUAAUUGAUAUACUGUUGUUCAGUUUCCUAAGUUUAUAGUUUGGGGGGGGGGGGGGGGGAAUAAUUUAGUGCUUAAGAUGUGAAAAAGUAUUCUAAAUUCAUUUUUUGUGUUUAUCUUAUCUAUAAUGUUUGUUCAAAAAUAGCCACACUAGUUUUUUUCUGUAUGAAUAUG